AUGAAGUAUCUACACCUGCUCAGUCUAGGCCUCGCGCCUCUGGCAGCAUGCGCCUCCUUCUCAGAGCACAACUUCUCCGUCCCAAUUGACCAUUUCCACAACGAGACUCACUACGAACCACACACCAACGCCUUCUUCAACCUGCGCUACUGGCUCGAUGCUAGCCAAUACCAACCCGGCGGCCCCGUUUUUGUCAUGGCAGGCGGCGAGACAGACGCCUCUGCAAUCUUGCCUGUUCUCUCGCAUGGCAUUUUCGCGAAGCUGAUGAAGACGUACCAUGGCGUUGGCCUGGUGCUAGAGCAUCGCUACUACGGCACUAGUUACCCAGUCGACCAGGUCACGCCCGAGAGUCUCAGGUUUUUGACCACGGAGCAGGCCAUGGCGGACUAUGCUUAUUUCGCGGAGCAUGUUACUCUGCCCGGUAUGGAACAUGUUGAUAUCACACCGCAGAGUAAAAAUGGGUCGACCCCGUGGAUUGCCUAUGGCGUGUCGUAUGCCGGUGGCUUUGUUUCAUUUCUGCGCAAGCUCUAUCCGGAUACCUUCUACGGGGCGAUUUCCUCAUCUGGAACGACUGCUGCAGUUGUCGACUUCUGGAAAUACUUUGAGCCUAUCCGCCAGUACGCGCCUGCAGCAUGUGUCUCGGCGAUUCAGGACUUUGCAGAUAUCUUUGACCGCGUGCUAAUCGACCACGCUGACAACAAGACGCUGGCGCUGCAACUGAAAACUGCGGUGGGCGCCAAGAAUGAUACUAGCAAUGUGCAAUUUGUUCAGCAGCUGGCCCAGGGUGUAACCUCGUGGCAGUCCCGGAAUUGGAAUCCGCCAAAUGGAUCGUUGUUUUUCCAUGAUUUUUGUGGGAAUAUCACGGCUUCGGAUCAUGUGUUGUAUGAGGAUAUAGUCCCAACCAAGGACUUUUUCAAGGGGAUUGUUGGGCUGGCUGGGUAUAAUGCUUCAGACAAGGAUUUGGUGACGAGGGUUGUCAACCAAGCGGGCUUUUUCAAGAAUCGGCUCUUCAAAUUCAUUAACCCUUCAACCUCCUCCUCUUCUUCUUCGUCCUCUGGAGAAAUAGCUGCAACAAAUGAUACCGUCCUCCCCAGAAGCGACGGGUUCAACUGGGUAUACCAGCAAUGCACGGAAUGGGGCAAUUUCCACACCGGCGCAGGAUACCCAGAGCACAUUCGUCCCCUUAUUUCCCGCCUCAUUAACGUCGCCUCCCAAUCCACAACCUGUGCCAUGUUCGAUGUCACCUCCCCGCCAGAUAUACAACGCAUAAACCGCUACGGCGGUCUGAAUUUUACGUUCCCCCGUGUAGCUGCGAUUGGCGGGUUUGCGGACCCAUGGCGUGCAGCAACCCCUCUAGCGGAAGAGUUGUACCCGCUUCGUCCGUCGACGGAUGAUGAGCCGGUCAUUCAGAUUGAUUUGCAUGAGGAUGAGGUUUAUGAUGGUCUGCGUGGUGCCGUGCACCAUUGGGAAAUAGUAGGCGAGGCAACGGAUACGUUUCCGGUAGGGCUGCCGCCAAAAGGGAUUACGGAUGCGUGGGACGAGAUUAUUCGGUUCGUUGGGGUGUGGUUGAAGGAUAGAUGA